AUGAAUUGGGAGGUGAUUGCCCGCAUCAGCGGGCUAUGGGAUUCUAAGAAUGUCAACAAUGACAUCCUGAGUGUGGAUAUGCUUCUUUUGGAUGUAGAGAAUAUGUUUAAGGAGGAAAAGAUUGUCCCUUCAGAGGUAACUAAAAGUUUCGCCAAGAACCAAUGUAAGAAAAUAGCAGUAGAAAAUUCCUUAUUGACGGUGUCUCCCAUGAUGAGGAGAAUCGUGCGGCGUAUAAAGCUGUUGUAUAUUUUGUGGUGGUGUUGUGAGGAGGAGUUGUUGGUAGUUGGUUUAACUCAGUUGUGGCAAAGACGGAAAAUAAAGUGUUGCUUGGGUCUUUGUUCUUACUGCUUACAAUUUCUCAUUCAAGUCCAAGUCAUAACAGCCCAAAAACUCUCUCUUCUAGUCUUCUACGUGACUUCAGCUUUCAAUCGCCGAUCGCUUGAAACCGUAAAAUUCGCAUAUGUAUGUCCUUCGCUUGUUGCUGCAACCGAUUGCUUUGGGGAGUACAAAAAGACUGAGGCGCUGGUGAUUUCGACUCGGUUCUUUGCUAUUCUGAGUAUUCUCUGCUAUUCGAUUGUUCUAUUCUUUGCUGUCGCUUGUUCUACUCUGUGCUGGAGCUAUUCUGUAUUCUCUUCAUUGGUUCUAGAGGUGUUCCUGUUCGUUGCUUGUUCUAGUCUGCUGGUCGACUCAGGUUGGAUGGCUCAGUUUAGCGUACAACUUGACUUUCCGUCUGAGAAUUUUAAUGCCGCUACGAAAGAUAAGAUUAGGAAACAUAUAUAUAACUUGCAACAACACACGGCAAACAGGGUGUUCCAUAUUCAAAGGUUUACAACAAAGAACGAUGCAGAUAUGAUACGCAGUGUGGUGGAAACAAAACUUGGCGAGCUGGCACCGGAGAUUCUACCACCUGUAGAAGGGGCUAAUAUAACUUUUGGAAGUAUGAAUGUUGAAGCGAUCAACUAUUGGUAUCUUGUUAUUGUUGCACCGACAUCUUGUAAAAAACUGGAUGAUUUAGAACUCUUUGAGAAAUAUCAAGAUAUGCCUAUAUUCGUAAGCAGUGGAUACCAAGAUUGCAUAAUGGAUAUAAUUACUGCCGUUUCACUGUUGAUGAAGACACCAGUACGUUGCCGCCUAAAACGUGAAAAGAUUGUUAUGUACAGUGAAGAUGAUUUAUGUGCUGCCAAGUUCGUAGCAUUCGAUUUGCAAGAUGACGAGAAUUGUGAGGACAAAGAUGAUGUGUGCAGCAAUUUGAAGAAUCUUUUCAAUGAUAUUAAUGUCAACUCCGACAUUUCUGGUUCUCUGAGUCGGGAGUUUGCCGCAUUUUUUGAUUUUCUAGAAGGAAAGAGCUUUAAUAUGGAGAAUCUUGGGAAUGUAAGGAAUAACGUUAUAUUCUGGUCAAAAGAAAAACGACGCAAUUUUAUGACUUAUCUUUGUGAUUACAUCACCUGUCUUGAUUGUACCACCUCUCAAUAUGAAAAUAUAUUUUCGAAAGAGACUGAAGAUGCUUUUGGAUACAAUCGGGAUUGGAAGGCGCGAUUUCUUAAUCAUCCUGAAAUGUGUAAGGUGCACAAGGCACUUGAAGAUUCUUAUGUUGCUGAGAAUUUCUCCUAUUCGGGAUUGCGAGGGGUUUAUGAACAUGGUUACGAGAGCGAUGAUCUUAUGAUGAAACGAUGUCUCAUACGGAUUAGGGACCUAUACGAGCAUCGUUUGCAAUUGAAACUAUUAUACUUGCAUAAUAUCCAGUUGAACAACAUUGAUCUUUACACGGAUGCAGAUCUUGUGGGUAUAAUCCACUUUUUAUUUCCACUCCACAUUGAUUCGUUCGCUAGAGCUAUAAGGGCAAUGAAUUGGCAAACUUGGAUGAUGCCAUUUGAAAUUCCAUAGAGAAUGUCUUUACAACGAUGCUAAACAAAGCUU